UAGAGUUUGGUUUUGUUUACAUACGAAGGUUUAAAUUGACUGCUUUAUUUCGAUUUUGAACUGUUUUAUAUUUAAAAAAAAAUCAAGGUUGUUUCUUAAAUAUAUGUAAUAUGAAUAUUUGCCGCUACUUAAAGUUUUCCGGCUCACAAAAUUUGAGAGAUUCUUUAUGGAGCAGACUAAGUAGUUUGGGAAGCAGAGCUCAUUUUUCAAGUGAUGCUGAGAGCUUUGUUGAAGCCAUCAAGCAGAAGCUCAUUAAAGCACUACAGCCUCAGUAUUUAGAUGUUAUAAAUGAAAGUGGAGGUCAUAAUGUUCCUAAAGGGUCAGCUUCUCACAUAAGAGUUAUUGUGGUAUCACCUUUAUUCAAUGACAAGAAAUUAGUUCAGCGACACCGUCUUGUGAAUGAUGUUCUACAAGAGGAGCUUAAAACCCACAUCCAUGCUCUUUCUAUCCAGUUUUAUAAUUGA